GAGCCCCAGGGGCCCCAAGCUCGGCUCCCUACCCCGAAGACAAGCAGAGCCUUAAAAUACAUACAGGAGGCCGCUAUAGCUUACCAUACACAAGAGACACUCACACCCGCAGACUCGAAGAAGGAUAUGACCGACCAAAUGUCGAGCUGAUAUAUGAAAAGUUAACUUGGCUCCAGAGCUGAGCGCGUGGGGGGACGAGGGGCACAUUAUAAAGACAGCACGGGGGCACCCAAAAAGCGAUGGGUCCGAACGUGUUCUAGAUAGCUUACAAAACGCGUGCCGAAUGAUUCUCCAAAAAUACCGUGCCUCCCUGGUUUAUCAAGGCGAAUUGAAGGCAAUCGUAAAUAGUGUAACGUUGCAGAGUAAUGGAAGAGAAAGAGACGGGGGAGAGCGAGCCCGUGGUCCACCCGUGUGCUGAGCAGACAAAUUCUCUCUCAUUAAUAAUAAGCGGAGAGGAGGAAGCAACACGAGAGCCGAGUGACUUGGGACACUGUUCAAGAGAGGAAGACGAUCUGACCAAUGGCCACGUGGACAAUGACGGCGAUGAGGAGAUGGUUACCCCACUCUGCUCCCCGGGCACCAGCUACUGGAGUGUCACAGAGGGUCCCGACUCCCCCUUUCUCCUGUCCCCCGUCCCGGGCCCCUCGGGGAUCAAGGAGAGAGUCCAACGCGCCUCCCGUCCCGGCUUCAGCCGCAUCCCGGGCCGGGACCACCGGCGCUACUACCACGAGUACUGGCGCAGCGAGUUCCUGAUGGACUUUGACCCCCGUCGUCACGGCAUGAUCUGCAUGGUGUGUGGGAGCUCGCUGGCCACUCUCAAACUCAGCACCAUCAAGAGGCAUAUUCGACAGAAGCACCCAGAUUCCCUGCUGUGGAGUGUGUCCGACAAGGAGGUGAUUCGCUCGGGCUGGGAGAGCCACCUGAGUCUGGAGGGGGGCCAGAGGUUGUACUGUCCGGCCGGAGGGGUGGGCGCCGUCUCGCAGGGUCAGGAGGAGCAGCUGCUGGACUGCGCACGCCGCUCCACCGGAAAACCCGAUGGUAUGGUGACCCCCAAACUCCAGCCCCGGUCCACCACCCCAUCUCCCCCUACACCGGCCCCCCGCCAGCAGCAGGAGGAGCUCCCCGGGCCCUCGGCCCAGACCCUGGAGCGCUACCUGAACGACUCGCUCCACGCCUGGUUCCGACAGGAGUUCCUCAUGGAGUACCAGGCGGCGGUGGGCAGGCUGGUGUGCAUGGUGUGCGGCCACCCACUGCCCUCGCUCCACCUGGACCACAUCAAGAGCCACGUGCUGGACAUCCAUCCUCAGUCGCUGGUCUACAGUUCGGAGGAGAAGCACUGCAUCCUGCAGACCUGGGCUCAGACGCAUGCCCCAAUUUCAGAAUCUGACCCUCUGAACGACUUCAUCAAAUCGGAGCCCAACACCAAAGACGAGAGAGAGGCUGGGGUGGACUUCUUCUCUGAUGACCUAGAGACCAUCCAGAUCGGCGAGGACAACAAUGAGGAAUUGUCCCAGAUACAUGACAUGGUUGGUAGCAGUGAUGGAGGUGGUGUUGGAGCUCCAGAGGUGACCGGCCCCAUACCCCCUCUCCGCCAGCCCAGGAAGAGGCGUCUCCGCGGGGGCUUCCCCUGGCGCCUGCGCCUGGACUACCUGGUGGCCUAUGGGCCUCAGGGUCGUGGCACCUUCUGCAUGGUGUGCUCCCAGGCCCUGCCCGUGGCCAAGGUGAGCAGCUUCCGGCACCACAUUCAGGAGUGCCACCCUGAGACCACCAGCCUGGCCCGGGAGGAGAGAGAGGCCAUGGCCGAGGCCUGGACCAAAGAGGCCCCCACGGAAGACCACCUGGCCGUGCAGAUGAAAGAAGAAGUGGACCCCAGUGACAUCAUCAGAGUCCAUGUGGCAGGAGAGAUGGGUGAAAAGGCAGCACCCGACAACAACAACAACCACCGGACCUCCAAGAUGUCCGCCAUCCAGACAGUGAAGAAGGAGGAGGCGGUCGCCACCAUACCUGCCACUCUGGGACGCCACGGACACUACCCGGGCAAGGACCAGCGGCGGAACUACCAGGUGCGCUGGCGGAUGGAGUUCCUGAUGGAUUAUGACUGCCGGCGACACGGGCUGAUCUGUAUGGUGUGCGGGGCGACAUUAGCCACUCUUAAAGUCAGCACCAUCAAGAGACACAUCCAGCAGGUCCACCCUCAUUCUCUGGAGUACAGCCCUGACGAGAGACAGCAAGCCCUGCUCAGCUACAACCAGACAGCCCUGCACUUCGUCCACUCAGACGACUGUUUCUCCUCCCAGGACCACGGACAAUCGGCAGUCGGAGAGACGGCCGCCAGCCUCUUUGUCAGUUAAGACGAGGCACGGUUGUUCUCUGUUCUCCCCGCUCCAACCCCAAGUCUCUCUUUCUCAGGAAGUUAGAAACAUGAGGCUUGGUAGAGCCCUGUCGUGAGUGGUGUCUGGCACAGUCGGUGAUUGAUGUGUCAGGGAGCUUACAAUAUAGCACUUUCUGUCCCAAAAAUGUACUUAAACCUAGCUUUGGGUGUGUAGGUGAUUGAAUGAGAGGGUGUUUGAGGUUUAUUGCUUAAGACAAUGAACGCCACUUAAAGAUGCGAUUAUCUUUAUUCACUUACGUCAAAUACAUCAAGUUAUUUCAGAAAUUCCUUGUUUACAAUGAGGUAAAUGGACUUCCUCCAUACAUUUUUCUCAUUCUUGAAUGAGAAGAUCUUACCUUGCAUGUCUUUUUCAGUGUCACAGUACUAUUGUUGCACCGGCCAGCAACUAUUUAUGCUUCUCAUGAGUCUCCUUAGCAAAAAGUUUCACACACAAAAAAAAUAUCUAUUUUAUAGUGUUCAAUAUUUGAAUGUUUUUUUUUUUUACAAGCACUUUUAGACAUGUUUUUUACAAAAGGGUUUGUAAUUGCGGCCAUUUUGUCUACUUCGUUGAUCAAAUUAAACGAUGCCACUUAAAUUUCAUUUUGCAUGGCAAUUCUGAAGUCAUGCAUGAUUGUGGAGGGAUUGCCUGGAAUGGCUUAGGCGUUUUAUAAGAGAGCAUAUUUAUACAAGAUGUCACAUGCAAGAUUUCCAUUUCAGUAACUCACCUAUUACAAGGUUUAUGCAACAAAGUGAUAAAUAAAAUUAAACUAUUACAACAGCGUCAGGAAAUAAAUUGCCAAGUUGACCACCUAUGAAAUGAGCGCCUCGGUUGCCCUUAUUUCAGUGAUCUUUAAAAUAUCACUCCACCAGGAAAAGCACAACUCAGGGAUUGUCCAUUUUCCAUCUGUGCUCGCUCUUUCGCUCGUUGGUUAUAGAGCAUCAAAAUUACUACACGAAACAUAAUACUUUACAACCCAUUGACUAAUUCAUUUGUUCAAAGAACCAGAUGGCAGCAUUUCUCCAGUUAUGUGGAGAGGAGGGACAUAAGUGUCCAAUACCACUCUCUUUCUCUAACCUAAGCUGGUGUAACAGUGUAGGUUCCGUCCCUCUCUUCGCCCCAACCUGGGCUCGAACCAGGGACCCUUGCACACAUCAACAACUGACACCCCACGAAGCAUCGUUACCCAUCGCGCCACAAAAGCCGCGGCUCUUGCAACGCAAGGGGCAACCCUACUUCAAGUCUCAGAGCGAGUGACGUCACCGAUUGAAACGCUAUUAGCGCGCACCACCGCUAACUAACUAGCCAUUUCACAUCGGUUACACUGGCAUAAUUGGUGACUCGGGCUGGAUCUGAAAUUGUUACCAGUCAAAUCUGUGCUUUCUCCGUCCUUGUUUCAUGAAUUCCUCUCAAAGCGCAUUGCAGGGCCAGAGGGACCUUGAAGCCUCUCCUCUAAUGCACUUCAAUAGGAAUUGAGGAAACAAGGAGAGGAAGCAAGGAUUUGACAGCUAGUAAUGUUUUCAGACACAGCCCCAGUUUGUGCAGUGGUCUUUUUAGCAUGCAGGGAAUGGGCAAGGAGUGGUGAAAUACUUAUUACAUCUGGGCUUUGAGCCACGUUGGCCACAGAAAGGUUAAAAGCUUUGAGUGACUCAGCACUUAUUAUUUAAAUAUGAAUAGAACUUAAAUAUGGUGAAUAUGUGAUUGAAUAAAUCAGAAUAAACCUUGUUUGUUGCAAUGAUUUACGUGUAUGUUUGUGUCGGUGUGUAUAAGGGGCACGUUAAAAUUACCCUUUGGUGGUACUUAGUUGGCUUGGGUGAGGACACAAGCAAUGAUCUUCAGUUUUAUUUAGGGACUGAGUCCCUCAUCUUUCCUCAAUUUCAUGUUUCAAGUAUCCGCUCUGCAUUUCGUCUGUACAUGGUGAAAGGUUGAGACAUGCAUUCUGUCAUAAAUGAUACUUGUAAUAAAAAAAGUGUCCGAAUAAUA